ACUUGAGGAUGUCAGUUGUGUCACAAGUCAGUGACCGUCACAAGUGAAACAGGAGUGGAAAAGCAGCUUAGAUCAAAAGGAAGUAGGUCUCAGCUUCAAAACAGAGAAAUGGCAGAUUCUCUCGUUGUAUGUGAAGUGGAUGAAAGCCUGAAGGAAAAACUGAAGAAGUUCCGUUUCCGAAAAGAGACAAACAAUGCAGCCAUACUAAUGAAGAUUGACAUGGUAAAACAGCUGGUAGUGGUGGAGGAGGAGUAUGAGAAUAUUACACUUGAUGACUUGAGGGAAGAGCUCCCUGAACGUCAGCCCAGAUUCAUUGUGUACAGCUACAAAUACAACCAUGCAGAUGGGCGUGUCUCAUACCCACUCUGCUUCAUCUUCUCAAGUCCAGUAGGGUGCAAACCUGAACAACAGAUGAUGUAUGCAGGCAGCAAAAACCGUCUGGUUCAGAUUGCAGAGCUGACCAAGGUGUUUGAGACUCGAAAUGCAGAUGACCUGACAGAGGAGUGGCUGAAAAAAAAACUGGAAUUCUUUCGUUGAUUGACCUCUUCAAACCUUUUGUACAGUAUUGUCCUUUCAGUAUUGUUCUUUGUUCGUUGUUGUGCGGUGGACACAACAUAAGCUAUCAUUUUGGACUUUAAAAUCAAAUACCACCCAAACCAUCAUUUAUACAGACAAAUACAAUAAGAGUUGUGAAUGUGUGUGUAAGCUGUAUUGUGAUAUACUGUAUGUAUAUCUGUAUUUCUUAACCAGUGGUUGUCGUAGUAUGAAUAAAGCACAGACAAUAAUAUAAAAAA